AUGUCUGGACUUUUCGGCAGCGCGUCGUCUUCGUCGGCCAGCAACACCGUCGGCGACCUUAAGUCGGAUGUCGCCCUGAGCAACCCGCCCGAAGACACCGUCUCCGACCUUGCCUUUUCUCCCGCCACAAAUCAGACCAACGACUUCCUCGCCAUCUCCAGCUGGGACAAGAAGGUCAGGAUAUACGAGGUCACGGGCAACGGCCAGAGCGAAGGAAGGCACGCAUACGAUCACGAGGGACCCGUCUUCAACGUCGACUUUUCCAAGGAUGGCACAAAGGUCAUUUCGGGCGGCGCAGACAAGGUUGUAAAGUGCUGCGACCUCGGCUCGCGGCAAGAAGUCAAGGUCGGCGAGCACGAUCAGCCAGUGCGCAGCGUGCGCUUCUUCGAAUCAAGCGGCAACCAGAUGGUCGUGUCCGGCUCGUGGGACAAGACGGUCAAGUACUGGGAUAUGCGACAGCAGGCGCCCGCCGCGACGUUGCAGUGCCAGGACCGCGUCUACUCCCUCGACGUCAAGAACGACCUCCUCGUCAUCGGCACGGCGGACCGCUACAUCAACAUUGUCAACCUCAAGAACCCCACGACCUUUUACAAGACGCUGCAGAGCCCUCUCAAGUGGCAGACGCGCGUCGUGAGCUGCUUCACCGACGCCGCUGGGUUUGCUAUCGGCAGUAUCGAGGGCGGUGCGCCAUUCCAGUAUGUCGAGGACAAGGACAGCAGCCUAAACUUUUCAUUCAAGUGCCACCGCGACCCGCCGCAGAACAACAUCACCAACGUCUUUGCCGUCAACGACAUCUCCUUCCACCCCGUGCACGGCACCUUCAGCACCGCCGGCUCGGACGGAACGUUCCACUUCUGGGACAAGGACGCCAAGCACCGCCUCAAGGGCUACCCCAACGUCGGCGGAAGCAUCACGUCGACAAAGUUCAACAAGAACGGCUCCAUCUUUGCCUACGCCGUGGGCUACGACUGGUCCAAGGGCUUCCAGCACAACACGCAACAGCUGCAGACCAAGGUCAUGCUCCACCCUGUGCAGCAGGAUGAGUGCAAGCCCAGGCCCACAAUGAAGAAGCGGUAA